GUAUGUGCGUAUGCGGCUGCUACGUCGGGGCUGUUCGCCAUACGCAGGGAUCCGCCGUGACAUGGGGGCUCCUCCGCAACCAGCCUCACAGCGACAUCGUCAAACUCGGCCUUGCCUUUUCUAGGGCCACGCAACCUCUCCGUCCGGGGCCCUAAUUGCCUCGCUUUCGGUUCUUUCCCUUCUCUCCCUUCUCCUGCCACAUCUUUACUCGUCUUCGCCAUGGGCGAUUAUGGCGACGCCUACAUGCGCAAGGAUGCUUCGGGUCCGCCCGGUCGCACCAAGACGCAGAACCGUGCCACUGUGCAGCAGCUUAAACUGAUUGGGCAGAGCCAUCCAACUGGUUUGACUACUAAUCUUUUGAAGCUUUUCGAGCCUAGGCCUCCUUUGGAAUUCAAGCCCCCUCCUGAAAAGCGAAAGUGUCCGCCUUAUCAAGGCAUUGGGCAGUUUGUUCAGCAUUUUGCAGAGCCUGGGGAUCCCGAAUAUGCCCCUCCUGUUACGAAGGGGGAAACUCCUACACAAAGACGCGCUCGAAUUCAUCAACUCCGUUUGGAGGAAGGAGCUAAGAAGGCGCUUGAUGAGCUGUCAAAGUAUGAUCCAACCAAUGAUCCAGAUAUAGAAGGAGAUCCUUACAAGACCCUUUUUGUAGCUCGCAUUAGCUAUGAAACGACCGAACACAAAAUUCGAAGAGAAUUUGAAAGCUAUGGUCCUAUAAAACGUGUCCGACUUGUACAUGAUAAAAUGUCGAAGACUCCUCGAGGAUAUGCAUUCAUAGAGUAUCAGCAUACGCGGGACAUGAAGACUGCUUAUAAACAAGCCGAUGGUCGCAAGAUUGACAAUCGGCGAGUUCUUGUUGACGUUGAACGAGGCCGAACUGUACCCAAUUGGCGUCCUCGAAGAUUGGGUGGAGGUUUGGGAUCCACACGAGUAGGAGGCGAUGAAGUGAAUCAGAAGUACUCUGGACGAGAGCCGCAACUGCUUACAGCUGCAACAGCCACCAGAUCAGAAGAGCCUAAGGCACGGGACGUUGUCAUGAAUUAUGAUGAUAGGGAUUUGGAGAAGCCGGAUAAGCGAGACAAGGAUCGUGAUUUCGACCGAGAACAUGAUCGAACGCGAGAUCGGGAUGAUGAUGGUUAUCGAGAACGCGAUCGUGAGAAAGACAGAGAUGAUCGAGAACGCGAAAGUGAUAGACAUCGGGACCGCCACCGUGAUCGUGGAGACCGUGAUCGUGGGGGUCGAGAGAGAGAUCGUGGUGGCCGUGAUCGGGAUCGCGAUUAUGACCGUGAUCGAGAAAGAGAUUGGGAGAGAGACCAUAUUGGACGGUCUCGUUCACGAGAAAGAGAGAGAGAAAGAGAUCGCUGAUUUGCAGCAAGUAGAUGGAUGCACGAGCCAAGUUGGCAUGGGUAGCAUCCUUCUUACUCUGUGCUGAAUAGGAGUCGUUUGCAAUGAUUUGACAUGGUGUUCUAGCUGCAAAGAAGACAUCUUUUAUGAAGGAUGCUGAUCAUCGGUUGUGGGCGAAGUCUAGACGAAUGUUGCUUCUUUGGCUAUUUCAAGAAGAUACUGUUUAAGCAGUUGCUUUAAUGGUAUUUGUGAUCUACUAGACAAACGUUGUUUGUUGCAAAUAUGUUGCUCAUAUCCACGACACUGGAUUGCUUUGGGGGUUUAUCACGAGUCGGAAAGCGCAGGGAACCUGUAGUGCAUCGUUGUAUCUAUUAUGCUUCUAGAAAGUUAAGGGUGAUUCUUGUGGCCUUAUUUUAAAAUGUACCCUUUCUACAAAUCUGUGUAACAAGGCUUACACGACGUCGACAAGUUGUGAAGUACUAUCAGUUUUCUGAGACACAAGGCACUGAGAAUUACGCACUGCGAUCUCAGCAGAUCCCUGUUCACUUUUGUGAAUCAGCACAUACCUGUAUUGAUUGAUCGGUUCCCAA